AUGCAGGCGAAGGUCCAGAUCCCACUCCCGACAACCUCAUCCGGCUUGGAGCCGGAAGCGCGGGAGAAGUGUGAGCUCCUCCUGGACAGCAUCUCCUCGAUUCUCGCAAAGGAGGACAGCCUCCGGAGAAUCGGCGGCGUGUCAAUCGAGGACGAUGGCGCCUACAGAGAUGUCACGCUGCCCAUUGCCAUCUUUCUCAGCAAGGAAAGCUCCUGCCGCGACAUCAUCGAGGAUCGGAUGGGGUGUGGGCAUGGCCCGAAGCCGUAA